AUGUUCGAAGGAGCAACUCGAAUUGACUUGGGAACUCUUCUUUUCACAUCAAUUCUCACUAUUUUCUGGUUGAUUUACUUGUUGAAAAGUGAAUCAAGUGUCACAAAAUCAUUGAUGACAGUUACCGUAUCUCAGAUUUUUGUGAAUCUUCUUGUUAGAACAUUCAAGUCUGUCAUACUUAUUUUGGUACAGUAUCCACAGUUUUCUUGGCUUUUUGUGGCAAGUAGUGUUGAAACAACAUUUCACUACACACUGUACCUACAGUAUACUUCAUCAGUACUUUUAUAUGUCUUUUUGAGAGAAAAGGAUAUCAAAAGCUCGUGGACACUAUUUUACUACAUUCCAUCAAUUGCCGUUUCUCUUUUUGUCUCCGUUUUGAAUGUGAAUUUCAACAAACUUCUUCUCUCAAUGCCGUUCUACAUUUAUGUCAUCUUUUAUGUUGGAAUGGCUGUUUCGAACAUCAUUAUUCUAAUUGGAAUUCUUGCAUCGUGUACUAAAUACACUCAAGAGAAGCUUGCAACCCGUUGUCGUCUUUUCCUCUUCGUCCUCUCUGCGUCUCCUCCAGUUCUCUUUAAUACCGUAAUCACAAUCAUGGAUUUGUUAUUCAUGGUCGUCGGCAUCACUGAUCAAUUCCCGAUUCCCUACAUUGUGAUGACAACCUAUCGAUACAAGGCUUUUGAGAUCACUCCUCUAUUCAUUUUGAUCGCAUUCUUUGCACUUUUGCCAGAUUUAAAAAAAUGGAGUUUCUCAAAAACAACUUCAACUGCGGAAGUGACUAAAAUAGUGACUGAUCCUCCAUCCACGUCAUCCACUAAUGCUCUUAUACCAGCAAUUCACAAUGUAGUAAUGGAGCAAUCAGUUCCUAUUCCGAAUCAGAUUAAUGUUGCUUCAAGCGAACAGGAUCAAACAAGAAACGCACCAGCUCCGACUUAUGGAAACAUGAACUACGGCAUGGGAGCUCUGGUUGUUCAUAUUCAGCCAAUGAACUACACAUAA